UUUUGACAAAUGACAGUCCAUUUAAAAUUUAGUACAUUUUUAAAUAUCUGCGGCAGCCCUGAGUUCCACUGUAACAGCCCUAGGAUUUUUUGUCCAGUUUAAUGGGUUAAAUGCUUAAUCAUCAUAAUACUAAUUAAUACCUGUUAAUACUAAUAAUAAGGGAGUAUAAAUUGGCCCUAAGUUAGCUCAGAUUAGUGGUAAAAAGAAAGCGACUAAUUAUAUAGUUCAGUGGGCAGCCUUGAACAUAUGGAAAUAGGGAAAGGGCGAAGUCUCAGAUAAACAAGAAACAAGGCAAGGGCAUAAAACUCUGUAGGCAACAAGCAACCAUUCUUUAUUUAUAGGUAAACAUUAAACUUUGCGUAUUGCGCCUGAACAGGAAAUGUCUACGUUAUUAAAAAAUAAUAUUAAAGAAGAGAAUCCUGAUUAUGAUAAUUUUGAUGGCAAAGAAGUGGAAGGAAAAAUUGUAGAUUAUCAGUUUUUGGUAAGGCCCAAGCAAGAACCUAUUGAUACAAAACCAACUCCAGCCUCAUUAGAAUUUGUAGGUGAGAUUCAAUCUGAAGAACAUAAUUAUCAUCUUCCCAGGGAAAUCAGAUUUACUACGAAAAUAGAAGAUCUCCUUUGUAAAUAUUGUAACUACAAGACUACUUGUAAACUUGAUUAUAUUAGCCACACCAAUAAACAACACCAACGGAGUAAAUAUGUUAGGAAGAAAGUGGAUUUUGCUUGUGAAUAUUGUGAUUUCAAGACUCAUAGUAGAACAUCUAUUAAAAGGCACACCGAUGUUCAUCAGAUUUCUAAAGAAAACUUACCACAUGGAUGCACACUCUGUGAAUUUAAAUGUAUUGAUAAGUCAUACAUUAAGAAGCAUAUGAUAAACGUACACACAGUACGGGAUAGAACAUUUUUUUGUCAUAUUUGUGGUCAUGCAGCUACUUCUUCAAGAAAUCUUAAAACCCAUCAUUUAGCUUCGCAUGAUGUGACAAGGAAAAGUUUUGACUGUGACCUGUGUUCUUACAAGGCUAAUGCAAAUCACAAACUGACUGUUCAUAAGGACUAUGUUCACUUCAAGAAACCUAGGAUUUACAAGCAACAUGUAUGUGACAUGUGUGGCGAGAUGUUCACUGGUCUUGCCAAGUUAAAUAUUCAUUUAUUGCGUAAACAUGAAGUAGACGUCGAAGUUAAAACAUAUAUAUGCUACCAUUGUGGAAAAAAAUACUUUAAAAGAUUUGCUUUCAUGCAACACGUUCUCCAACAUUCAAGUCAUAGAGAAAAAAUGUUUUGCGCCAAUUGUGAUUAUUCAACUUUCAAUAAAACAAACCUUUCACAACAUAUGGUCAAACAUGAUAAGCACAUAAAAAUGCACAAAUGCAACAUGUGCUCAUUUGAAACAAAAAGAGCUCACACCUUGAGACACCAUAUUAAAACGCAUUUUAAUAAGCUAUAGUGUGUACAUUAUAAAAUCUUUACCUGAGCACCGGGAACGAGUUCAUUAUCUGCAUAUUCGCGAUUCAAAUUAAGUGAUACGCCCUAUGGAGGAAAUUUGUAGAAGGUCCCUAUAAGUAGGAUAUCGUUCAGUGUUGCCAGAAGUAGCGAAAUUUUGCUACGUGUCGGAUUUUAGCCCUUGAAGAAGUGGAUAAGACCUUUUAUUUAAGAACCAAAAUUUGUGUCUAAUAAUAUGUAAUCAUACUCUAUAUUUAAGGAUUUUUUUUGUAACACUAUUUAUUAUAUUGAUUUUUUUUAAAAUUAAGUUUAUUUAUUAAUUUUGUUUUAAAAUCAGUUCAUCAUUUGACAACAUUGGCAUUCGUGUUCAUUGUUUAUAUUUUAAUUUGUAUCAAUUACAAUUCGAGUUUUUUUCCUGCUUUUUAGCUUUAAAUUUGUUUAUUUAUUAUAGUAUGUGAUAGUGUUUAUAUUAAAAUUGAAAUCUGCGAAAAAGCUCCUCAGCAAAUUGCAAUUUAUAAGGUGUUAAUGUCAAAAUCAAAACUGAAGUAUUCAUUAUUUUCCAAGCGUAAGUCGUAAAAUUUUGUUUCUUAGGAUAAAUGGAUAUCUACAAAUUCACAAUAUUGAAAUUUUGCAAAACUUUGUUUAGAAUCAAACUGUAAUCUGAUUUAUGACGGUUUUAUUACCAUUUACAUGUAUACAAAGUAAUACAUAAUUCACUUCAUAAUAAUGUAAGAAUAAGGAUAGUAAGAUUUUUAAAUAAGUUCAUCAAUAAUAAACCUUUGGUACCUGAAAUGUCCUUUAAACCACAUAAUAAAACAUGUCCUGGGUUUAGUAAAUACAUAUUUCUAGACGAAAGCACGAAUACUAAACUUAACACUAAAUGAAACUCAAAAACACUAUUAUAAUUAGAAUAUUAUCUAACAGCUCUUAGAUUCCACUGCCUUGCCUGCGUGCACAUAAAAGAUGAGCGAUAUAUCGAUACCGGUUACAUUUCAGAUUGAAAAGUAACUGGUAUUGACAUAUCUCGUAUGCACUCAGUGCAAGCCGUGCACUAGAUUCGAAGACGCUAUAAAAACAGUUAAGAAAUCACAAAUACAAAAUCCCGCCCAAAACAAACAUAUAAAUAAACAAAUAUC